AUGGCUGAUCACUUGAAAUACGCUGAUAAGAAGAUGGUCUUCUUGACCGAUUUCGACGGUACAAUCACAAUGUUAGACUCAAACGAUCAUAUGGUCGAUACUGCCGGAAUGGGUUACACUGAACGUCGUAAGAUUAACGAAGAAAUCAUUCAUGAACGUGUAUCUUAUCGUGAAGGUUUCCGUACCAUGUUGGAAUCCGUUCACAAACCACUAAAGGAAAUGGAAGAAUUGGUUCGUCGUGAUGUUACUUUGGACCCAAAAUUCAAAGAUUUCCAUGAAUAUGCAAAGAAGCAAGAUAUUCCAAUCAUUGUCGUUUCCAGUGGAAUGGAACCUAUCUUACGUUCAAUCUUUGCAAACUUGAUCGGUGAUGAAGAAGCAAACAAGAUUGACGUUAUUGCAAACGAUGUUAAAUUGACAGACCCUGAACAAGAAGGAAAAACUUGGGAAUUGGUUUACCGUCACCCUGAUAACCACUUUGGACACGAUAAGAGCUUAAGCAUCUUGCCUUACCGUGAAUUGCCAAACCCUCCUCUUUUGUUCUUUGCCGGUGAUGGUAUCUCUGACAUGUCUGCUGCAAGACAUGCUGAUGUCCUUUUCGUGAAAGACAAACAAGACAACGAUUUGAAGACUUACUGUGACAAAUACAACAUCAAAUACACUCUCUUCAAGGAUUGGAGCGUCAUUCAAGAUAUGGUCGAAAAGAUCAUCUCUGGUGAAAUCCCAAUCGAAUCCGUUCGCAAGGCAAAGGCAUAA